CUCUCCCGGUUCCGGGGUGGAGUAAAAGGCAGGGUAGAACUGUGGUCAGCAGCAACCCCCACCCCCACACCUGCCCAGUCGCGGGCACAGGACGACGCUCCUGUCCCUCCCCUCGACAGAUCUACAGGAGAGGACUUGGGCCGACCUUUGGGGAGAGAACGGGCUGAAACGCAGACACUAGUUGCGAGUUCCCUUUUCUUUUUGUGGAGGCCCCCACCUGAUUCCCUUCCCGAGUUAUCGCCCAUAGUCCUAAAGCCCAGAAUCCGGAGGACACAAGCUGAUCUCAUGUGGAAUGGAAGGGCCUUUUAAUAAAGCUGUUGAUUCUUGGCGUUCAUUUAGGGUUUACUAGUGCCAGCCGCUAUGCCAGCGGCUUUGCAUACGUUCUCUUAUUUAAUCUAUACCACAAUCCUAUGAGGAACAUAUGAGAAUUUUCUAGAUGAGGGUCUGUAGCUCUAGUCUAGAUAACUCUAAAUCACACUGUAGAGCCCAGAUUCAAAUCCAUGUCCGGCCUUCACUUGUUCUUUUUUUAUAGCCUCCUAUAUGAGACUGUUUUCUCUGAUUGCACUCUGUUGGUUCAGCUUCGUGUGUUUUUGUUUAUAGCAGCUUUUGUAGUUCCUCUGUAGUUUUUUUCUGUGGUAACAUCUUAUUUAUGCCUUAGGAGUCUCUCUUAAGGCAAGAUCCUAAGUGAUUUUUCCUGAAUCAAUCCCAGAUUGAGCAUUCAUCUCCUGAACAACAAAGCCCAGAAUGGCCACAGCCCUGAAACAUGAGGAACAGAGUGGACUUCUGAUAGUGAAGGUAGAGGACCAUUACUGGGGACAGGACUCCAUCUCACAAAAGAACAGUCCUCACAGGAGGGAACUCUUCAGGCAGUGCUUCAGGAAACUCUGCUAUCAGGAUUCACCUGGACCCCGAGAAGCUCUUACCCAGCUCUGGGAAUUUUGCCGCCAAUGGCUGAGACCAGAGUGUCAUACCAAGGAGCAGAUUUUAGACCUGCUGGUGCUGGAACAGUUCCUGAGCAUUCUCCCUAAGGACCUGCAAGCAUGGGUGCAGGCGCACCAUCCAGAGACUGGAGAAGAGGCCGUGAUUGUGCUGGAGGAUCUGGAAAGAGAGCUUGAUGAACCCGAAAAGCAGGCCCCAGCCAAUUCAGAAAGACAGGACAUACUCUUUGACAAGUUGGCCCCCUUGGGAAGGCCACAUGAGUCACUGACUAUCCACCUCCAUCCCAAGAAGACCCAGCUGAAGGAGGAAUCUGGAGAGCCCCAAAGAAAUGGUGAUAAAACCAGGACUAAGAAUGAAGAGUUGACCCGGGAAGAGGAUAUGCCCAAAGACACGGAGUCUGUUGGAUUUCAUGUACUUGCAACAGUUUUACAUGCCUUAUUUGAGAAUUCUAUAGCAUGACAGGAAUUGUGACCAACAGCCUACCACAUUCAAAUUCACACCACCAUCAACCUGCCACAAACCUCUGGCUCCUUGACUGGUUUUAGGAAUAGUCGUCAUCAAAAGAAUCUGGAAAGAAGUGAUCAAAUCACACUUCAAAAUCUUGUUGAAGACAAUAAUUAAGCACACUUGCUUUUGCAUUGUGUUUGAGAUCACGAAAACUACAAGUCAUUUUUGUAUCUGCUGCUAUGGCAAGAUGAAUCUUUUAUAUCUUUUGAAAAUAAUGCUCCUUUAAAAAAAAAUGUAAGUUGACUUUGGAUGUCAUACAUCAACUGGUAAAAUGUUUAAAUCACCUAGUUUCACACUAACACUUGUUUUAUGACUUAUGACUUACUAUAACGGUCAGAGCAGUAUCUCAAAGCAUUUGAAACUACUGAAACAGAGGAUCUUUUGAUGUCUUAAAAAGAAAAUAUUAAGUCUUUAGCAUUAGAAACAUAUUUUAAAAAUAAAGUUAGGAGGUGGGGCCAAGAUGGCAGAGUAGUCAGACACUUCCAGUGAUCCCUUUUACAACAAGGACCUGAAAAAAACAAGUGAAUCAAUUAUAUAUAUGACAAGUUAGGAACCCUGAGCAUCAAAGGCAAAGUUAAGAAAUCAGACUGAGUGAUGGGAGAAGAAGAGAUGGUGCAGAAGCAGUGAGGAGUUGCCGAGCCUGCAGCAGUGCCUCGGCCCCGACUUCUUGAUGGUAGUUUUCAGGAACACGGCCGCUUUAGCGAAAGAAGGCAAGCAAAGUGGUGCACCCCCAACCCUGUGGGGUGCCUGCAGCAGGGCAGACCAUGAUGUUUAGGACACGGCAGCUUCAACGAAAGAAGGCAAGCGUGGGAUGCAGCCCUAACCCUCGGAGGCGAUCUUGGUGGGGACCCAAGCCAGCACAGAGGCUACACACACCUCUGGAAUCUAAGGUAAAACAGCAUUCUCAGCACAAGAUAAGUAAUUUUGUCUAAUUUACCACAUGGAUCUAACAGCUCCUCCUCUUGAAAGAAAUCUAUCUGAUUCCUCCUCCCUUUACCCCAGGCGGCUUCAUUAACAGUUGAUUUCCCUGGGCCUGAGAGAGGUCCUGCUGCACUCCCUGAGCCUUUCUCCUGACCUUGGAGAAGGAACAAAUUAACAAAUAAGGGAAAAAUACUCUGCCGACUCCCCUAAUCUGGAAACUCAGAGCUGAAGUGGCUGCAGUCCAGGCACAAUCGAUCCACAGACUUUGUCGUUCACCCUUGUAUGGAUCCAGGUGGCUCCACUACACCAGAUGGGAUCUGGCUAUUACAUUGCAAGGGCAAAUCUGUUUGAGGCCUGACUGUAAUAAUUUCAGCUGUGCGGUGGAGAGGCAGGUUUUGGAGUUUUGAUACUGCUCUGCCUAUUAAACAAGGCCUUCACCUACCCACAGCAGAGGCCUGAGGACUGGAGGCUCCAACCACACCACCUAGCCACACAUGAAAGGGGUCCAAGGAUAAGGGAUGCCUACCAGUCCUUACAGGUAAAAGCAUUGGGUGCCUAUGGUACCACUGCAGAGCCCACCAACCAGAGUGAUCUAGAGAAGAGGGAUGUGCCUUCCUCACAGACACUGUGUGACCCUCUGCUGUUACCAGAAACCUGUUCAUGCACCAAUCACCACUGCACCUCUAAGACAGGAGGUGAGAGCCUACACCACACACUAGGUGACCGACUAUCAGGACACCUGAGCUGAAUCUGUACAAGAAUAGUGAGUGAUUCCUAGGCUCAUAUACCUGGUAACAGCUCUAGCCAUCUGGUAACAGGACAUUAGUGCUUCUAAGGCUCCAAUAAUCAAGUUAGCUCACUCUAGUAGCCUAUUUGGGUAUAUUGAAACAAAACAAAGCAAGGAACUAGAAUAAAGUGAGCAAACAUAAAAUAAAUUAAUAACUUAUAGAUGGCUCAGAGACAACAGUCGAUAUCAAAUCACGUAAAGAAGCAGAUAAUGAUCACUUCAACAAACUCCCAAAACAAAGAAUCAAGGACUCUCCCGGAUAAAGACGUAUUCCUGGAAUUACCAGAUGUAGACUACAAAACAUUAAUAUACAGUCCUCUUCAAAACAUCAGGAAUGAGAUCAGGAAGGAGAUUAGGCAAAAUGCUGAACAAGCCAAAGAACAUAAAGAUAAAAGAGUUGAAGAAACUAAGAGGAUUAUUCAAGAACAUAAUGAAAAGUUUAAUAAGCUGCAAGAAUCGAUAGCAAUCAGAAAUUCAGAAAAUUAAAAAUUAUAGAAUUACACAACAGAAAGAGAAGCAGAAUUGAGGAAGUGGAAGGCAGAAUUAGUGAGACUGAAGAUAAAACACUUGGCAACAAUAUAUUUGAAGAAAAAUCAGAUAAAAGUGUUUUAAAAAAUGAAGAAACCCUAAGAAUCAUGUGGGACUCUAUCAAAAAGAAUAACUUGUGAGUGACUGGAAUACCAGAACAGGGAGGGAUAACAGAAAAUACAGAAAGAACUGUUGAAGAUUUGCUGGCAGAAAACUUCCCUGUCAUUGUGAAAGAUAAGAGUAUAUAUAUAUCCAAGACGCUCAUCGAACCCCAUACAAGGUGGAUCCCAAAACAAAGUCACCAAGACACAGUGUAAUCAAACUCACCAAAACCAAAGAUAAAAAGAAAAUUUUAAGAGCAGGCAGGGAUAAGCGAAAAGUCACCUACAAAGGAGAAUCAAUAAGUUUGGACUACUCAGCUAAAACCAUGUAGGCAAGAAGGCAAUGGGAUGACAUACGUAAAGCACUGAAGGAGAAAAAUUCCCAGCCUAGAAUCAUAUAUGCACCAAAACUGUCUCUCAAAUAUAAAGGCAAAAUUUAGACAUUUCCAGAUAAACAGAAGCUUAGGGAAUUUGCAAAAAAAAAAAAAACUACAAGAAAUACUAAAGGGAAUUCUCUGGUAAGAAAUCAAUAAUAUCAGGUAUCAACCCAACACUAGAACACAGGACAGUGCAAACAGGUAUCAACCCAGAUAGGGAAAUCACAAAAAUAAAUCAGGAUUUCAAAAAAAUGCACAGAGAAUCAGUGAUGUCAUUAUGUAAAAGAUGACAACAUUAAAUCAAUAAAGAGGGACUAAAUAAAGUAGACAUAGAACUUCCAUAUGGAGAGGAAAUCAAGGUGAUAUAGGGAGAUACAAGUUAGGUUUAAACUUAGAAAAAUAGGGGUAAAUAUUAAGGUAACCACAAAGAAGACUAACGAUCCUGAACAUCAAAAUAAAACACAAGAAAAACAUAAAGACUCAUAAAAAACAAAAUCAACUACAAUGAAAAAGAGGAACACACGAUUUACAAAGAAAAAUUACUCAGCACAAAAAAAAUAAGUGGAAAAAUGAAACUGUCAACAGCACACAAAAAAAGACAUCAAAAUGACAACACUAAAUUCAUACCUAUCUAUCAUCACGUGAAUGUAAAUGGAUUGAAUGCACCAAUAAAGAGACACAGAGUUGCAGGAUGGGUUAAAAAAACACUAUCCAUCUAUACGCUGCCUACAGGAGACACACCGUAGUCUUAAAGACACAAACAAACUAAAACUCAAAGGAUGGUAAAAAAUAUAUCAAGCAAACAACAAUAAAGAGCAGGAUUGACUAUACUAAUUUCUGACAACAGACUUCAAACUUAAAUCUACCACAAAGGAUAAGGAAGAACACUAUAUAAUGAUUAAAGGCACAAUAUACCAGGAGGAUACUAUCAUAUUAAAUAUUUAUGCACCCAACAACAGAGCUUCAAGAUACAUAAAAGAAACUCUAACAGCACUGAAAAGUGAGAUAGGUAGCUCCACAAUAAUAGUAGGAGACUUCAACACACCACUUUUGGUGAAGGACAGAACACCCAGAAAGAAGCUCAAUAAAGACACCGAAGGGCUAAAUGCCACAAUUAACCAACUUGAACUCACAGACAUAUACAGAACACUCCACCCAACAGCAUCCAAGUAUGCUUUCAUUUCCAAUGCUCAUGGAACAUUCUCUAGAAUAGACCACGUUAGGCCAUAAAGCAAGCCUUAACAGAAUCCAAACACUGAAAUAUUACAAAGCAUCUUCUCUGAAAAUAAAGCCAUAAAACUAGAAGUCAAUAACAAUCAGGGGGAAAAAAUCAAACACAUGGAAACUCAACAACACUUUGCUCAAGAACGAUUGGAUUAUAGAACAAAUUAAGGACAGAAUAAAGAAAUUCAUAGAACCCAACGAGAAUGAAAACACUUCCUAUCAGAACCUUUGGGACACAGCUAAAGCAGUACUCAGAGGUCAAUUUAUAUCAAUAAAUGCACACAUACAAAAAGAAGAAAGGGCCAAAAUCAAAGAAUUAUCCCUACAACUUGAACAAAUACAAAGAGAGCAAUAAAAGAAAUCUUCAGGCACCAGAAGAAAACAAAUAAUAAAAAUUACAGCAGAAUUAAAUGAAAUAGAAAACAGAAAAACAAUUGAAAGAGUUAACAAGAACAAAAGCUAGUUCUUUGAAAAGAUUAACAAAAUCGAUAAACCACUGGCCUGACAGUCGUAAGAAAAACAGGAGACGAAGCAAAAAAACCCAUAUAAGAAAUGAGAUGGGCGAUAUUACAACAGGCCCAAACGAAAUUAAGAGAAUCGUAACAGAGUACUAUGAAAAGUUGUACUCUAACAAAUUUGAAAACCUAGAGGAAAUGAACAUUCCUAGAAAAACACUACCUACAUAAACUAUCACAGAGGCAGAACAACUAAAUAAACCCAUAACAAAAUAAGAGAUUGAAAAAGUAAUUUAAAAACUCCUUUUAACAAAGAAAAGCCCUGGCCUUGACAGCUUCACUGCAGAAUUCUACCAAACUUUCAGAGAAGAGUUAACACCACUGCUACUAAUGGUAUUUCAGUGCAUAGAAAAGGACAGAAUAUUCCCAAACUCAUUCUAUGAAGCCAGCAUAACCAUGAUACCAAAAGCAGGUAAAGAUUCCACAAAAAAAGAAAACUACGGACCAAUACCCCUCAUGAACUUAAACGCAAAUAUCCUCAGCAAAAUUCUAGCCAAUAGAAUUCAACAACAUAUCAAAAAAAUAAUUCACCACGACCAAGUGAGAUUCAUACCAGGUAUGUAGGGAUGGUUCGACAUCAGAAAAACAAUCAAUAUAAUCCAUCACAUAAAUAAAACAGAAGACAAGAACCACAUGGUCUUAUCAAUUGAUGCAGAAAAGGCAUUUGACAAAGUUCAACACCCAUUCAUGAUAAAAACUCUCAACAAAAUAGGAAUACAAGGAAAAUUCCUAAACAUUAUAAAGGGCAUUUAUACAAAGCCAACAGCCAACAUCAUCCGAAACGGAGAGAGACUGAAACCGUUAACCGGAACCAGACAAAGAUGCCAUUUAUAACCACUCUUAUUCAACAUUGUGUUGGAGGUCCUAGCCAGAGCUGUUAGACUAGAUAAAGAAAUAAAGGGCAUCCAAAUUGGCAAAGAAGAAGUAAAAGUAUCUCUGUUUGCAGAUGACAUGAUCUUAUACACAGAAAAACCUCAAGAAGCCUCAAGAAAACUACUGAAACUAAUACAAGAGUUUACCAGAGUAUCAGGAUACAACAUGAACAUAACUAAAUCAGUUGGACUCCUUUCACUAACAAAGAGAGUGUCGAAGAGGAAAUCACCAAAUCAAUUCCAUUUACAAUAUUCCCUAAAAAGAUAAAAUAUUUAGGAAUAAAUCUAACCAAAGAUGUAAAAGACCUAUACAAAAAAAAACUAUAAGACACUACUGGGAGAAAAUGAGAGGCCUACGUAAGUAGAAAGCAUACCUUGCUUGUGGAUAGGAAGACUCAACAUUGUAAAAAUGUUCUGCCCAAAGCGAUCUACAGAUACAAUGCAAUCCCGGUCGAAAUACCAGUGACAUUCUUUAAUGAGAUGGAGAAACAAAUCACCAACUUCCUAUGGAAGGUAAAGAGGCCCCUGAUAAGUAAAACAUUACUGAAAAAGAACAACGUGAGAGGCUUUACACUACCUGAUUUUAGAACAUAUUAUACCACCACAGUAGUCAAAACAGGCUGGUACUGGUAGAACAACAGAUUCAGAGACCAAUGGAAUAGAAUUGAGAAUACAGACAUAAAUCCAUCCAGAUAUGAGCAGCUGAUAUUUGACAAAGACCCAAGGUCUGUUAAAUGGGGAAAAUACAGUCUCUUUAACAAAUGGUGCUGGUAUAACUGGAUAUCCAUCUGCAAAAAAAUGCAACAAGACCCAUACCUCACACCAUGCAUAAAAACCAAUUCAAAAUGGAUCAAAGACCUAAAUAUAAAACCCAAAACAAUAAAGAUCAUGGAAGAAAAAAUAGGGACAACACUAGGGGCUCUAAUACACAGCAUAAAUAGUAUACAGAAAACAUUACUAGAAAUGUACAAACACCAGAAGAGAAAUUAGAUAACUGGGAGCUCCUAAAAAUCAAACACCUAUUCUCAUCCAAAGACUUCACCAAAAGAGUAAAAAGGUUACCUACAGACUGGGAAAAAGUUUUUAGCUAUGACAUUUCCCAUCAGCAGCUGAUCUCUAAAAUCUACAUGUUACUGCAAAAACUCAACAACAAAACCACAAAUAACCCAAUUAAAAAAUGGACAAAAGACCAAGAGACAGGAAGGGCCACAUAAACCAGAGACUACAUCAGCCUGAAACCAGGAGAACUAGAUGGUGCCCGGCGACAACCAAUGACUUCCCUGCCAGGGAACAUAAGAGUGAACCCCUGAGUGAACAGGAGAGCAGUGGGAUAAAGACCCCAAUUCUCGUAAAAAGACCAGACUUAAUGGUGUGGCUGAGACUAGAAGGACCCCGGUGGUCAUGGGCCCCAGAUCUUCUGUUGGGCCAGGACAGGAACCAUUCCCAAAGCCAACUCUUCAGACAUGGAUUGGACUGGACAAUGGGUUGGAGAGGGAUGCUGGUGAGGAGUGAGCUUCUUCCAUCAGGUGGACACUUGAGGCUAUGUUGGCAUCUCCUGCCUGAAGUGGAGAUGAGAGGGUAGAGGGGGUUGGAAGCUGGUGAAAUGGACACGAAAAAAGAGAGUGGAGGGAGGGAGCAGACUGUCCAUUAGGGGGAGAGCAAUUGGGAGUAUGUAGCAACGUGUAUAUAAGUUUUUACGUGAGAGACUGACUUGAUUUGUAAACUUUCACUUAAAGCACAAUAAAAAUUUAUUUUAAAAAAUGGGCAAAAGAUAUGAACAGGUACUUCACUAAAGACAUUCAGGUAGCUAACAGAUACGUGAGAAAAUGCUCACAAUCAUUAGCCAUUAAAACCCACUGCCGUCAAGUUGAUUCUGACUCAUAGCGACCCUAUUGGACAGAGUAGAACUGCUCCACAGAGUUCCAAGGAGCACCUGGCAGAUCUGAACUGCUGACCUCUUAGUUAGCAGCCAUAGCACUUAACCACUACGCCAUCAGGUUUUCCCAUUAGCCAUUAGAGAAAUGCAAAUCAAAACUACAGUAAGAUUCCAUCUCACUCCAACAAGGCUGGCAUUAAUCCAAAAAACACGAAAUAAUAAAUGUUGCAGAGGUUGUGGAGAGACUAGAACACUUAUACACUGCUGGUGGAAAUGAAAAAUGGUACAAUCACUUUGGCACUUCCUUAAAAAAAUAGAAAUAGAUCUACCAUAUGAUCCAGCAAUCUCUCUCUUUGGAAUAUAUCCUAGAGAAAUAAGAGCUUCUGCAUGAACAGAUAUAUGCACACCCAUGUUCGCUGCAGCACUGUUUACAACAGGAAAAAGAUGGAAACAACCAAGGUGCCCAUCAACGGAUGAAUGGAUAAAUUAUGGUAUAUUCACACAAUGGAAAACUAUGCAUGGAUAAGAAAACAACGAUGAAUCUGUGAAACAUUUCAUAACAUGGAGGAAUCUGGAAGGCAUUAUGCUGCGUGAAAUUAGUCAGUUGCAAAAGUACAAAUAUUGUAUGAGACCCCUUUUAAAGGACUCAAGAAAUAGUUUAAACAAAGAAAAUAUUCUUUGAUGGUUAUGAGAGGGGUGAAGGAGGGAGGGAGAGGGGGAUUCACUAAUUAGAUAGUAGGUGAAGGGGAAAACAACACACAAUACAGGAGAGGUGAAGGGAAAGACAACACACAAUACAGGAGAGGUCAGCACAACUGGACUAAACCAAAAGCAAAGAAGUUUUCUGAAUAAACUGAAUGCUUCGAAGGCAGCAUAGCAGAGGCAGGGGUUUGGGGACCAUGGUUUCAGGGGACAUCUAGGUCAACUGGCAUAAUAAAAUCUAUUAAGAAAACAUUCCACAUCCCAUUUUGGAGAGUGGCGUCUAGGGUCUUAACUGUUAGCAAGCCGCCAUCUAAGAUGCAUCAACUGGUCUCAACACACAUGGACCAAAGGAGAAUGAAGAACACCAAAGACACAAGGUAAUUAUGAGCCCAAGAGACAGAAAUGGCCCCAUAAAUCAGAGACUACAUCAGCCUGAGACCAGAAGAACUAGAUGGUGCCCGGCUACAACUGAUGACUGCCAUGACAGGGAACAUAACAGAGAAUCCCUGAAGGAGCAGGAGAACAGCGGGAUGCAGAUCUCAAAUUCUCGUAAAAAGACCAGACUUAAUGGUCUGCCGGAGACUAGAAGGACCCCAGAGGUCAUGGUCCCCAGACGUUCCAUUAACCCAAGACAGGAACCAUUCCCAAAGCCAACUCUUCAGACAGGGGUUGGACUAGACUAUAAGACAGAAAAUGAUAAUGGUGAGGCAUGAGCCUCUUGGCUCAAGUAGAUACAUGAGACUAUGUGGGCAGCUCCUGUUUGGUGGGGAGAAGGGAAGACCGAGGGGGACAGCAGCUGGCUGAAUGGACACAGAAACACAGGGUGAAGAGAAGGAGUGUGCUGUCUCAUUAGGGGGAGAGCAACUACGAGUAUAUAGCAAGGUGUAUAUAAGUUUUUGUAUGAGACACGGACUUGAUUUGUAAACUUUCACUUAAAGCACAAUAAAAAUUAAAAAAAUAAACACCAAAAUAAAAAACCAAAGGAGUCUAGGGAAAUUAAGACUACUGCUAUUCCUUCACAUACAGGGUGGGAGUAUAAAGAGAUCUCUUGUUUACAGCUCCAGUUAUAAACUCUCUUCCCAUCAGAGAAGAGAACUCCAAGCCCAUCAAAAAGCUUAGAGGAUGAAGGCAGGGUCAUCUGUCACCUGAGCUGCAGGGAAAACCUCCACAGAAAUGGAAAUCUGUGGAACACUCCUUGGGUCCUUCUGCCCAGUAAGAGAUGUCUUUUUUUUUUUUUUUUUUCCUCGC